CGCCCUGCGGAUUCUAGUGUCACGUGACCGUUAGCGAGAGCGCAACAUGGCGGCGCCCAGGGAGCGGCGUGACUACCGCGGAUCAUUUUCCCCAUGAAGUGGCUCUUGCUGGAUUCCGUUGCGGAGGGGAGAAGUCGCAGCUGUUGCAACAUGUCGCGGCUUAUCGUAAAGAACCUGCCGAACGGGAUGAAGGAAGAGCGCUUCCGGAACCUCUUUGCUGCCUUUGGGACGCUGACCGAUUGCAGCUUGAAAUUCACCAAGGAUGGCAAGUUCCGCAAAUUCGGGUUUAUUGGCUUUAAAUCUGAAGCUGAUGCCAAGGUGGCCCUUGCCCAUUUCAACAAAAGUUUCAUAGACACAGCCAAAGUAACGGUGGAGUUCUGUAAGUCUUUUGGGGACCCUCUGAAACCCAGACCUUGGAGCAAACACUCCCUCAAGCCCCCAGCACUGAAAGAAGCUCCUGAAAAGUCCACAAAGAGUCCUGGCCAUACAGAAAUGACACGGGGUAAAAAGAAGAUGAAUCAAGCAGGGGAGUUGAAAGAGCUGGCAGGAGAGGCGGCCUUUCAAGACUUCCUGGCAGUGCACCAGAAGCGGUCUCAAGCCGCCACCUGGUCCAAUGACACAAAAGCGGAGGAGCCCAAGAAGAGCAAAGCCAAGCAGCGGGACGAUUAUCUGAACUUCGAUUCUGAUGAGUCGGAGAGCCUGAGCGAGGGGGAAGCUGAGCUUCGAGAGGAGGACCGAGAGGCAGGCGCAACCCAAAAGAAAGAGAAAAGCUCCAAGGGAAAUGCAGCGGCCAAGCCAGAGCUCUCGGACAUGGACUACCUGAGAUCGAAAGUGGUGAAGGGCCCCGAGUCCUUAUCUUCGUCCGGGGAGGAGAGUGGGGCAGAGGAAGUGGAGAGCAUUAAGUCCGACGAAGGAGAAGAGGAGGGGGAGGAAGAGAAGCCCAGUCCAAAGCAUGUGGCUGGCUCCGGUUUUACAGCAGAGCCUGGACUAGGGAAAAAGUUCACGGACCAGGAAAGGAUUGUGGAGGAGAAGGCACUGAAGGCCACGUCCCAGGCAAAAAGUCCGUCCAGCUUGAAUGCGCCCACCACACCAUGCACAGUGAAGCUGCGAGGCGCCCCGUUCAACGUCACAGAGCAAAACGUCAAGGAGUUCCUUGUGCCUCUUCGUCCCGCGGCGAUCAGGAUUGCAAGGAACGCCCAUGGAAAUAAGACAGGUUAUGUAUUUGUUGAUUUUAACAGCGAGGAAGAGGUACAGAAAGCACUGAAACGAAAUCACGAGUACAUGGGUGGGCGGUACAUCGAGGUGUUCCCCGAGGAGAGCUCAGCAAAAGCAAAAUUCCCCUCCAAGGGCCCGGCCCAGACCUGGCAAAGGACGAAGAAGGACGAUGAAGAGGAAGAAGAUCUGUCUGAAUCUGGGAGGCUCUUUGUGAGGAAUCUUCCCUACACCAGCACCGAGGAAGACUUGGAAGCAAUAUUUUCCAAAUACGGGCCUCUCUCCGAGAUCCAUUUCCCCAUUGACGGUCUCACCAAGAAACCCAAGGGCUUUGCCUUCAUCACCUACAUGUUCUCGGAGCAUGCUGUGAAAGCCUUUGCAGAAGUGGAUGGACAGGUGUUUCAGGGAAGGAUGUUGCAUGUGUUGCCCUCCACCAUAAAGAAGGAAGAAGGGGAGAGCUCUGAUGCUGGGGGCGCGUCUUCAUACAAGAAGCAAAAGGCGUCCAAGGACAAAGCCAACAGUUCCAGCUCUCACAACUGGAACACGCUCUUCAUGGGGGUGAACGCCGUGGCUGACGCUGUGGCGCAGAAAUACAACGCCACCAAGAGCCAAGUCUUGGAUCAUGAGGGCAAGGGCAGCGUGGCAGUGAGGGUGGCUCUGGGGGAAACGGAGCUCGUUCAGAAGGUCCGCCAGUUCCUGCUGGAAAACGGGGUCAGCCUGGAUUCCUUCAGCCAGGCAGCCGGUGAGCGGAGUAAGACGGUGAUCCUGGCGAAGAACCUGCCCGCUGGCACUGAGGCAACGGAGCUGGAGGAGGCGUUUCAGGCGCACGGCAGCCUCGGGCGGGUGCUGCUCCCUGAAGGCGGGGUGACGGCUAUCGUGGAGUUUCUGGAGCCCACGGAAGCGAAGCGGGCAUUCACCAAGCUGGCCUAUUCGAAGUUCCAGCACGUCCCCCUGUACCUAGAAUGGGCACCGAUGGGGAUCUUCUCCGGCCCUGGAAAGAGUGCUCCCAAGAUCCCAGAAGUCGAGGAGGAAGGCGAAGGGCAGCCUGGAAGUGGCAGUUGUGGAAGCAAAGAAGCUCUGACAGAGGCAGUGGAAGCCGGAAUGGAGGAGGAGGAAGAGGAGGAGGAAGAAGAAAGCAUCCCAGGGUGUACGCUCUUCAUAAAGAACCUCAAUUUUGCCACCACGGAGGAGACCCUAAAAGAGGUUUUUUCCAAGGUGGGAGCCUUAAGGUGUUGCACCGUCUCGAAGAAGAAAGAUAAAGCCGGCACGCUCCUUUCCAUGGGGUUUGGAUUCGUGGAAUACAAGAAGGCAGAGCAUGCGCAGAAAGCCCUCAAACAGCUGCAGGGUUCUUCUGUGGACGGCCAUCAGCUGGAACUGAAGAUCUCUGAAAGAGCUGUGAAGUCGGCUGUGGCUUCGACCCGGAAGAAGCAAGCCAGCAAAAGGCAAAAGAGCUCCAAGAUCUUGGUGCGCAACAUCCCUUUCCAGGCGACGGUGAAAGAGAUCAGAGAGCUCUUCAGCACCUUUGGAGAGCUGAAGACAGUUCGCCUGCCAAAGAAAAUGGUUGGAACAGGGACGCACCGUGGUUUCGGCUUUGUGGAUUUCCUCACCAAACAGGACGCAAAGAGAGCCUUCAACGCCCUCUGCCACAGCACCCAUUUGUACGGCAGGAGGCUUGUCUUGGAAUGGGCCGACUCGGAGGAAACGGUGGAGGCCCUGAGACGGAAAACAGCCGAGCAUUUUCACGAUUCUCCAACCAAAAAGAAGAAGAUGCGGUCAGCUGCCCUAGAAGAAAUCCUGGAGAAAUUGGAGGAUGAUGAGGAAGACAGCUAAUGCCGCUGCCCCACAACUUCGAGCAGCUCAGAACUGAGCCAUGGCCGGCCAAGAGGACAACAAGGGGACAUCGGCCCCUUCUAAAAGCCAAGCGGAUCACUUCCUUGAACCUCCCCGAAAGGAGAAUUCUCAGGACAAGCAGCUAGACAGCAGUGGCACUCCUCACCUCAUGUGCCUCCUCCAGGUUUUUUUCUGUCUCCUGGCUGGGCUCGGAGGAGGCCACAGUGCCUCCUAUCCCAGGAAGCCACUACCUUGGCUUGAGUACCCGGGAAACGGCUACCAGCAGUUCGGCUUUCGCCUUUCCUUGAUCACUUGUACAGUUCUGAAACGAUAAGAAAAACAUAUGUGCACAUACCUUUGUGCUAAUGAACACAUCUGGGUAUUAAUAUCAUAUAAUGCCGCCCUGGACUCCUACUAGGAGGCAGGGCGGGAUAUAAAUUUAAUAAAUAAAUAAAAUAACAAUAAUCUUUCCGUUGUUUCUGCUGUCCGGCUUCUCUGUGUGUUACUCCCAACUAUUCCCUGUAGAAUUCCCUCCCCUUAAAUUAAAUAAUAGGCGCCAUCUGUGUUACCUUCUUGGUGCCUAUUGAAGACCUUCCUCUUUCAACAAGCCUUUUCAGUAGAGACCUAUCCCAGUCUGUGUAGGAAUUGCUUUUUAAUAUGUUCUUAAACUUUCCUUUUAAAAUGUUUUUAAUCUUAGAUGUUUUGAAAGCUUUUUUUAAGUAACGUUUUUGAAGAUGUUUUGUUUUAAUGUGUUUUAAAGUUUGUUUUUAUGAUGUUUUAGUGUUUUUGGUGCUUUUGUUUGCCGCCCUGGGCUGCUGCUGGGAGGAAAGGUGAGAUAUAAAUCUAACAACAACAACAACAACAACAACAACAACAACAACAACAACAACAACAAUAAUAAUAAUAAUAAUAAUAAUAAUAAUAAACUAGAAUCCCCACUCCCUGCAAGCUUGAUCCCUUUCCACAUCCCCCUGUAUUUGCACCCAAGCAUGUGGGUAGCGGAAAAGAGAAUCCUGGAAGGGUUGAGGCUACCAGAGUUGGAGUGGGCCCCUGGGUAGAUCCCUUCAGUUUUGCCAAAACAGGGGCAGAGAAAUACACCCAGAGGGAGGCAAGGCAUAGGAACAUCAGAAGAGCCUUGUUGGAUCAAGCCAGUGGCCCCUCUAGUCCAAAAUCCUGUUCUCACAGUGGCCAACCAGAUACUCCAACAGGCAGCCCACGAGCAGAUCCUGAGUGCAACAGCGCUGUCCCCAUUUGCAAUUCCCUGCAACUGAUAUUCAGAGGCAUACUCUCUCCUACUUUGGAGGUAGAACGUUGUAGAAGACGCCUGCUGGAUUGGGCCAGAAGACCCAUCUAGUCCAGCAUCCUGUUCUCACAGUGGCCAACCAGAUGCCCUGAUGGGAAGCCCGUGAGCAGGACCGACGCACAAGAGCACCCUCCCCUUCUGUGGUUUCCAGCAAGUAGUAUACUGCCUCCAACAGGGGAGGUAGAACACCGCCAGCCAGGUUAAUAACCAAGCCAGCCAAGAUGAACCAGAAAGCAAGAAGCGGCAACAGAGCAGCCAUCAAGCUACUGAGAAAUACCUGGAGUAUAGCUGGAGAGCCAGACCAAUCUGUCUGUGGCCCAAGCAAAACACCCAAGCACGGUCAGGAAAUGUGUGUAGCUAGGACAGAAGGAGCCAAAGGUCUGUGUGCUAUGGUAAAGCCUAGUGUGUAGAACCAUCCCUAUCUAUCUAUCUAUCUGUCUAUCUAUCUAUCUGUCUAUACAUGCACACACACACACACACACGAGUGAUCUUGAGUUGCUCACUACAAGGGGCACUAGACUCCUGGUUCAACCUGGGCCUCUCUGCAGCGGUGGGGGACCUUAGGCCCUCCAUAUGUUGCUGUACUACAACUCCCAUCAGCCCCAGCAAGCAUGACCAAUGGCCAGGUAUUAGGGGAGUUGUAGUUCAGCAACAUCUGGAGGGCCAAAGGGUCCCCACACCUGGCCUGUAUUCCAUCAGCAGGUUGCUGUCCUUGGCUUGACAGGGGCAGAAUAUCAACUGAAUUUUUUUUAAAAAAAGCUUCCUAUUUCCAAAAGGGGCAAAAGGAUAUCCUUUUCAUCUCUUGCCGUAAGGUGGUUUGGCCUAAAUGCAAAUUUAGAUUGCCUGGGAAGGAAAGACGUUUGCGUAGAAGAGUUUUUCCUUCCCUUCUGAAAGGAAGUUCUCUUUUCCUUCCCCACCGCACGGGAUCAGUCCCUGGGUGAUCUGCUUGGCCAUCAGUGCUAACUGAACUUCGGGGGGGUAGAGCUGGGGUAGAAAUUCUACAGUAGGGCCCCACUCAUGUGGCAGGUUACGUUCCAGACCCUCGCCUAAAAGCGAAACCUGCCGAAAAGCGGAAUAAAAUGGCACCCAAUGCCCGAAAAACGCUGUAAAAGCGGAACAAGUGCCGUAUGAGCGGGGCCUGACUCUAACUGAAAGCCGCCAUAUUGGCGGAACACCGAAAAGCGGGGCCCUGCUGUAUUCAGUUUGCAUGGAAAGGCGAAGCUCCCUAAUUCAUCCUUUCCAAAACAAUAUGUGAACCAAAACAAAGCCAUCCUUUGCACUUCUCUGAAUUUUGCAAAGCAGCUCUCCAGCCAAAUAACAUGUACAAAAAUGUAUAUACACGAGCGUACAGCGUGGAUCAAAAUGCAGAUAUGCAUUCCCUCCCCUUGAAUAUUAGGCAGGUGCCAUCCCUGCUAUCUUUUCGGCGCCUUUUGAAGACUUUCCUCUUUCAACAAAACUUUUAGGUUGAGAUCUA